UACACUAGCCUUGUCACGUGGCUAGGCCACGCCCACCAGGAAGUGUUCAUAUACACAUCAGUGCUUUCGAUUUGCGCCUAUGACACGCGCCCGUGCCUCAAACCGCAACAUAGAAACUUAUUUUGCAACCAACGCCUCUUGGUUCACGUUAAAUGCUUGGGGACCAUCAUGGCGAACCUGCCUGAGAACGAGAGGAUGCAGCUGCAACAGUUUUUGACCUGUCCCGUGUGUCAGGACAUCUUUAAGGAGCCUCGGCAGCUGCCCUGUGGACACAGCCUGUGCCUUGACUGUGUGAAGAGGAUGAUUGCUCACACCUCAGAGAUCCCCUUUCGCUGUCCGGACUGCAGGGCCGACUUUGGAAUGGUCGUAGGAAUCCAGAACAACUACAUCCUGUCUGGUAUUGUUGAAGAGUACAGGAGCAUGAGUAAUGAAGUAGAGGAGAAGAAAGUAUACUGUGAUUGUUGUCCUGACAACACCACUCUGGCAAUUAAAACAUGUCUGAAGUGCGAGGUGUCCAUGUGCCAAAUGCACGUGAGAUCACACCAGGAGCUGCCGAUUUACACGGGACACCCUUUGGUUCAGCCCCUCAGUGACCUGCAUGAACGGAAAUGCCCCCAACAUGAAGACCAAGUGCUCCGAUACUACUGUCGAAUCACCAGAAAGUACAUAUGCAACCUGUGCUCCCUCAAAACCAAACAAAAGGACCUUGCUACACAGACUUGCAACGUCAUGAAAAAGCAACUCACUGAGUACAUGGAUGAACAACUUAAAGUACUUCAGGAAAAGCUGUCACAGUCUACAUCUUCUGUUAAUCGUCUCCAAGAAGAAAUCCAUCAAGAAAGAAAGAGAAUGAACUCCCUUGACUCCUGUUUUAACAGUGUCACAGUGGUCCUACUGUGUUUGUGGUUCAUAGUUCUGUAUUAUGCUUACAACUACUCUUCAGAAAAUCAGAAACUAACUGACAAGUGGGAAAAGCAGGAAAAGCAUGUGCAAAAAAUGUACUCCACAAUAGCAGAACUGAAGUUGGAUCAGGACUAUUCGUGCAGAUGGCAAACUCCUGUACAGAGUCACGAUGAAGAAAACCUGAUGCUGGACCUGAACAGUGCGAGUCCUUACCUGCAGGUG